AUGAACCACGCCCAAAUCUACCGCACCCGCACCAAGCCCAAGAGCGCGCAACCCUUUUUCAACGCGGGCACCGAGCGCUUCGUGCGCGACUGGCGCACCACCGAAAUCAUCGUCAGCGUCCGCGACCGCCGCGAGCACGAAAACGACCCCCUGCUCGGCGUCGUCUACCUGCCGCUGAAGCGCGUCUUCGAGAAGCGCAGCCAGUUCAUGGACAGCUUCCCCAUCGCCGGCGGCAUCGGCUACGGCAGGGCCAGGAUCAGCAUGGUGUGGCGCAGCGUGGACUGCCAGCUUCCGCCGGCGCUGCUCGGCUGGGAUUACGGCACCCUCGAGGUCAAGGCGCCGAUCCGCCUACAGGGGUCGUCCGGCGGCGACGACAAGAUCCUGGGCACCAAGAUCCACCUCCACACCAACAUCGCGCGGGCCAAGAUGAAGUCCCCUUCCUCCGACGGCACCUGGGUCCCCAAGCGAAAGGACCGCGAGAGCGUCUUCCUCGCCGUGUCGAAGCGCUACCGCGCGCCCCUCGUCGUCGAGUUCCGCAAGUCCUCCGCCCUCGCCGGGGACAGCACCCACGCCCUUGCGGUGAUUUGGCUCCACGACAUCCCCGACGAGGAGGAGAAGACGCUGUCGCUCGACGUGUGGAAGGGAGGCAAGGACCAGCUCAAGCGCGCGCAGAGCUGCGCCGACUACGACGGGCUCGAGGACGGCGAGCAGCCCCUCGGGAAAGUGGAGCUCUCCGUCAAGUUUUGGCGCGGCCUCAGCGGCUACCACAAGGGCUACGCCGGCAAGUCGCGCAACGCGCACAUCCGCGACGCCAUGGAGGUCCUCGACACCGUCAACGGCGAAGGGCUGGCCAUGGAGGACGAAGGCGACGAGUACGACGACUCGGACUCGGAUUCCUCCGCGUCCGAGCUGGAGACGCCGCAGGCCCUCAUCGGCAGCCAGCACGCCGACCGGGAUCAGGACGACGUCAAUACGCGCGAUAUGCUGCGCAAGGCCAACGCCGACUCCAACAAGCAGGAGGAGGAUGAUCCGCAAAACUUUACCGGCAAGUUAAAGAAGCGCGCGACCUCUUUGGUGAUUGGGGACGACCACGGCGAGGACGACGGGAGCCGUGGGCCCCGUGCUCAGCUGCGGGACUACAAGGCCCACCACAAGCAGCUGCACCGCAAGCAUCGAGGUGUGAUGCAGUGGAAGGCGACGCGGACGUUGGAUUGGAUGGCGGGCAAGGUGAGCAGGGGUAAGAGCAAGGUGGGCGAGGUACUGUUUGAGCACGGCGACAAGGAUGUCGGUAUCGAGACCGAGGUGUAA